GCCCUAUUAAGCACUGGGAGCUGUUCUGGUGCUGAAACAAGUAUCUCCAUCGUAGGAGGGAGAUAUGAUCAGCCUGCAUCCCUCUGACUGAAGCACACAGCUAUCUAUUUAUAAAAGAGAAAGGACUCCCUUUGAUCUGUGAAACACUGACCACCAUGUCAUCUCAGAGGAAUUACUGUCUUGCAGGAUGCUUAUCCUCAUGCAUUUUGGUCAUCCUAAUGUCCUUUUCUGAUGCUGCAUCCUUUCAAUAUUACCAAGUGCCACAACAGGACCAAGAAUACAGAAUGAAGAGUUUGCAAAGGUUGCCAAGCCCUGAUAUGAUGAAGGCACUGGAGUACAUUGAGAACCUCAGAAAGCAAGCAAGCAGAACAGAGAACCUCCCCGACUAUACCUCUUACCAAGGGGCACCCUUCCUCUCAGAGCAGAAGGACACACAAGCCCUAUCAACAGACACUGCCAAAUCUCCAACCACUGACGAUGAGUCUGAGUGGAUGAGAGCAAUGUUGGAAGCCUUGAUGCAAGCUGAAAAAGAGACAAAGGUUUCACCACAAGAGAAAAAUAAUCUAUACAUGGACAAGAACAUACCACCUGAGUUAAUUGAAGACUAUGACUCAAACAAAUGGUCUGAGAAGAGACCUAAAACUGGAAAACUUUCUUCCAGGUUAUAUGAUGAUUACUCACGGGACAAUCCACUGAAGCGCACCAAUGAAAUUGUGGAAGGGCAGUAUACGCCUCAGAGCCUAGCCACCUUACAGUCUGUCUUCCAGGAACUGGGGAAAUUAAAAGGCCAACCAAACAACAAAAGAGAUAGAAUGGAAGAAGACCAAAAACUUUACAAGGAUGAUGAAGAUGACUUGUAUAAAGCCAACAACAUUGCUUAUGAGGAUGUAGCUGGUGGGGAAGAUUGGAAUCCUAUUGAAGAAAAAGUUGAAAGUCAAACUCAAGAAGAGUUAAAGGAGAGUAAAGAGGAGGUUGAGAAGACAGAUGAUAUGGAGGAUGAAAUUAAGAGAUCUGGGUUGUUGGGGUUGCAGGAUGAAGAGCCUGAAAAAGACACUAAAGAGCAAGAAAGUGAAAAUCUAUCAAAUCUGAUGAACACAUAUCUAAAUAUGUGGAUGAACAGGAUGGAUAAAGGUAAGCAGAACCCUGAUAGGCGCUCAUUAAGAUUCUCAGGAAAAGAACUUGACCCUGAAGCUAUUUAUCAAUUGAUUGAUAUAUCCAGAAACUUACAAAUUCCCCCUGAGGAUCUUAUUGAUAUGCUACGGGAUGAAGAUGGCAGGAAGUUUGGUGGAAGAUUAGAAUCUGAAAAAGAAGUUGAUGUCCCUGAGGACCUGGAUGAGGUAACGGAAACUAUGACUGAUAAAACAAAUGUAUAUAAAAGCAAGCAAGGCUUUGUAAGGCAACCUACAUCCCCAAUCCUGCCUAAUAUCCCCGAAGGCCUUACAGUUGAAGAUAUGGUGAAUCUUAUGGGAGCUGAUAAGUUACAAAAUCGAUUUAAGCAAAAUAAUGGAUUGCAAAGAGCUUACCCUAUGCUAAGCAAAAUAAAGGGACACAGAGCUAUGUGGCCCAAAGAAUCUGAAAAGAGGCAAAUUGAGUAUGAAUCAAGGCCUGAAAAGGAGGAGGAACUAGCAGAUUAUGUAGUAAAGAUGCUAGCCAAAUACCCAGAGCUUUUAGGUAACAAUCAAAACAAAAAAAUGCCCAUUCCUUAUUCCCCAGGGGAUCUUCAGGAGCUAGAAAAGCAAUAUGAGAAUGCUUUGAGAGGAUAUGUGAAUAUGCGUGGUUAUCAGGAUUUAGAGACAGUUUCUAGCAGUAACCGAAGGCUGCCGACCAGGGAAAGUGAUGAUACACAGAACAAGCAGUAUAUAGAUGAGGACUUGCUUAUGAAAGUCUUGGAAUAUCUGAAUCAAGAGAAAGCAGAAAAAACAAGAGAUCACAGUGUUAAAAGAUCUAUGGAAAAUAUGUAAAUUUUUACAUUAUUCAACUCCAUCAAUAUAUAUUUUUUGCUCUGUUUAUGUUCUUCUUGCUUUAACUUAGUGAAUGAAGCCAAGGCCCUUCUUUCACUAACGGGAAUAAUCAUCUGAUGACCAGUUGUUAGGAUGUACACAAGUUAAUCAUCCAUGUUCAUCAAAGUAGUAAAAUUAUAUUUUUAUCCACUAAAUACUUUUAUACAUUUGAGGACAUUUGAAGUCACUGAAAAUCUGAUAUUUCCUGAAUUUAAAAGUGCCCAAUUAUAUUAUUUAGAAAUCUGUAUAACAUGUAUUAUUUUCUCAAUGACCCUUUUAUUUUUUUGUUACUUCUGAAAGUUUAUGAUCUAUUUAUGAGGUUGAUAUUAUAAACAAUGUACUUUAAAUUAACGAUAAUUAGUGCAUCUUUGGUAGAAAAGAGAAAUGUGUAUUCAAGCAUGAAAUAAUGAACUGCAAGCAUUGUUCCUAAAGAAGUGUUAUGAAUGAGGUAAAUGUGAAUAUGGUUUUCAUGUGGAGCAUCUAUGAAGUGAGGCCACUAAAUUGGAAUAAUUUAUUUCUACAAAAAAAAAUUCAGCAUCUCUCUUUAACAAAUCCCAAAGACAUUUUCCAUUAAAUAAAAGUGCUAAUGAGAAACAUUAUUACAGGUUUCACUUCAGUUCAUGUGUCCACUAUUCUAUCCAUCACAGGUAACUUUAGAAGAUAUGUGAAAGAUGUACUGAAGCCCACAUUGUAAAUGACAAAUACCUUAAUAUUUAUGAAUAUAUUUUAAGGCAAAUAACAGCACAAAGUACAGUAAACAUUUCCAACUAGAAGUAUUUCUAACAAGUUUACAUUUGAUUGGGUGCUAUAACGCAGUACAUGAUUCAACAAAGCCGGUCUCUGCCCCCAAUCCACCAACAGAAGCAUUAUCAUAAUUUGUUUAUCAGCCACGAGGAGGACUUCAUGCUCACAUAUUUGCUAUUUUGGAUGAAAGAUCUAUCAAUAUACCAAAUAUUUUUAUUAAUGAAACUGUAUUGAGGGGCCCCGUUUCACAUUUUGCAUCAGAGUUGCAAGAAGUUUAGUUACACCUCUACUAGUAAUUAUUUUAUUAUGUACAUGAUCAUUACUCUUUGCACUGCCUUAUUAAAUAAACAGUCUGUAGGCCCAUCUUCUACUUUCCAUGUUCCUUACGUUAUAGAGCUGUGUCAGUACUAGAAAAACUAUAGUGGCCAUACAAUAUAAAAUCAUACCUGGCAUAUCAGAUGGCAGAUUAUAUUUACUCUUUGAUUAGAGUAAAAAAAAAAAAAGAUUUAGGGAUAACGUUAGAAUGGAGAAAGACUGUAAUAGGGACAAAGAAUGAGAGAUACAUUUGUCCCUGCCAGACCCAGUUUAAGAGUCUUGAAGUGCCCGGAAAGGACCUCUCCUGUGUCACCAAAAACAAUUUAACAAGGCUAAUCCUAAGGACCUCUAAUUAAGCAUUAACAAUUACAUAGAAAAUAAAAAUAAAAAAAUGUUGCAAAAACUACCUAAAUAGAAAGCUGCACAGAAACUAGGUAAGACAGAGAAUAUAUUUUGUUAAUUAAAUAUGAUAGUUUGUAAUGUCUAAUAAGUAGAAAGUGAUAAAAUGGCAUGCUACUGGUUUAUAGUGAACUUUUACAGACUACAGAGCACCUCCAACUAUGCUCUAACAUAUCAGUCCCUUUUCUGUGAACAUCCCAGCUUCCACUUCCUCCAAGAUCGGCUCUGUAUAAGUGUUAAUUGAAUGUUGUCAACCUUAGCUGAGGACUAUCUAUAACAUACCUGCUUGAAGAAAUUCUAGGGAUACAAUGCAUUGUAUUCUAAUGACUACAUAGCUUUUCAGGUCCACUUCAAAAACUCCUGACACUAGCCAACUUUUUGGUUUCUCACAUGUUUUUUUUUAUGAUCGUUUAUCUAUUUUGUUACUGUUUGUUGUGUAUCGUGUGGUACUGUAAAAACAAACAAAAAUAAAGCAUUCUGUAUAUUUGAAGCAUU